CGGCCAUGGGCUCCCGCGGCUGUGUGGUUCGUCGGCUCGGGGCGCUUUUGUGGCGCGGGGCUGUUCCUCCGGGAGCGAAGCACGCAGUGGGCAUCCAGCUCCGGCUCCGGCUGCUCGCCGUAGGGCGACCUCCCGCAGGACCGACGCUCUGCCUGGGCCGCAGCCCCUCGCGUUGCCUGCAUGUCGGUUCCCGGAUUGAGGAGCUGGCGAACGGGGCCGCCGGCGAUGGGCACCUGGAGUCGGGCGCAGCAGAUCUUACUAGUCCCAAGUUUGACAUCGAUGUGCUGGUUUCACUUCUGAGGCAAGAAAAUGCAAAGGACAUUUGUGUGAUAAAAGUUCCUCCAGAGAUGAAAUAUACCGAUUACUUUGUGAUUGGGAGUGCAACCUCCACCCGACACUUACAUGCCAUGGCCUACUACAUUGUGAAAAUGUACAAACACCUGAAAUGUAAAAGUGAGCCUCAUGUUAAGAUUGAAGGGAAGAACACUGAUGACUGGCUUUGUGUGGACUUUGGCAGCAUGGUGAUUCAUUUGAUGCUUCCAGAAACCAGAGAAACCUAUGAAUUAGAGAAACUAUGGACUCUGCAUUCUUAUGAUGACCAGUUAGCUCAGAUACCACCUGAGACAUUACCUGAAGACUUCAUUCUUGGAAUAGAAGACACCACCUUAUCCCUGACUCCAGUGGAAUUCAAGUGUGAAUAAAUGAUGUGAACUACUUUAGUCAUUUCA